CUGAGCUCGGAGCUGAGGUUACACUGUAUUUACAUCUGUACAAGAUUUACCGAUGGAAACUAACAACAGCGUAAAGGAGUGUGAAACAACAAUGGCCAACACGGUACAUUUCAACGUGGGUGGGACGAGGUUCUCUACAACCUGGGCCACUCUACAAAGAAUCCCCAACUCCAAACUUGGUCGGCUUCAAGAAAGCAUCCACGCAUCGCAACUAGUACAGACGGAUUUUUUCUUCGACAGAAACCCAGCAGUAUUCGGAAGCGUCCUCGAUUACUACAGGACCGGUGUGCUUCAUCUGCCGGAAACUGUUUGUGGACGUCAGAUUCGAGAGGAACUAGCAUUCUGGGAAAUACCAGCUGGCCUCGUUUCCAACUGUUGUUGGCGGAUUCUAUACAAGGAUGACGGAGUGGAGAAGAAGAUGAGGUUACUAGACAUGGAGCUGCCUGUCUUUCCUAAUGGUAUGCAACUGAUUCAGAAGGCCGAAAAGAUGUCGACGACGAUCUGGAAUCUCCUGGAACAUCCCUCAUCAUCACUGAUGGCUAAGGGUUACAUGCUGUUCUACUUCAUUGCUGUGAUAGUGUCUGUAAUUCCGGAAUUGGCGGAUGUCGAAGAGCUCCGUUUCAUGAACCUGGUGUUCCUUGUUGAUGUUAUAGUUCGCUUCGCCAUGUCGCCCAACAAACCAAGAUUCUUCCUCAGUGUCAUCAACGUCCUUGACAUUCUCAUUCUUGUCGCAUUCGCCCUUGAUUUCGUAAUGACCCUCGUUGAUUCUUUAUUCGAUAAAGCUGCAUUUGAUGUACAUUUUCUCAGGCUUCUACAGAUGCUGAAAUACAUCCGGUUCUAUCGUGUCUUGAAGGCCAAUCGUGCACUCGCCUUACUUCUCCUGGCGAUGUUCAAAAGUAAACGGGCGAUACUUAUGUACGUAUCCAUCCUGGUGAUAAACUGUGUCUUCUUCGGAAUUUUCUUUUACGGUUUAGAAAGUGGAUCUGAUCAAAACAGCUAUCUUAAUGUUCCGGCAUCCAUAUAUUGGGCAUUGAUCACCAUGACAACAAUUGGUUAUGGCGAUAUUUUUCCGAUUUCAAUCGGAGGUAAGAUUGUCGCCUUCCUCUGUGGAAUCAGUGGAUUAAUACCUUUGGCGCUUAUCAUCUCUGCCAUUCACCAUACUUUUUCAACUCUGUACUCUUGCAACCGUGACAGGGAACGACACGUGACCGACCUUGCUGGAUAUCAAACACAACCAUCCCCCGUCAUCAAUAAAGCUGAAAGUAUUUGAAAACUGAAAGACGGCCUUCGAAAACACAGAUAACUAAAAAAUAAAGUGAAGAUUUUUAGAAGCAGUUGUGGCUAUUGUGUCCUUUGCUAAAAGUUAAAUGUACUAACUUGUAUUCUUGACACUUUCCAUGUUUCAACAUUAUCGAAACAAAGAGAUUCUGUGACAAUGGAAUUAAGACAUGUAUGAUCCGUUUUAUGACAUCAACUUCUCAGCUUUUGAUCAAACCGAAAAGCAGCAUUUGGAAUAAUCAGGAUAUAUUUAAGUUAACAAGUGGACGUAAAUGGAAACUUUGUGUUUAUAUAUAUUUAUAUGAUCCGUGUAUAAUAGUAUAUAAUUGUGUAGUAAUAAUUAUUCAUGUGUUUCUAUUAUUCUAAUAUUAAUAUAUUUUAUCUACUUUCUAUUUUUGAAAUCAAUAUUGAAUAUCAUUAUACUGAAUGACUGAAUGAUUGGCGGGUUUUCCGUCUUCGCGACUCCUCCCGUUGUCGGGUAUCGCCAACUUUUAGAAGUAUUCUAACAUAUUAUGAACAAAUUCAAUCAUGUAUGUUGAUAUUUUUCUCAAUCUCUAGUAUCAAUCGUCGGAGUUAAUUAGUAUAAACUUUAUUUUAUUCCACCAUAUGAUAUAUACAAGACAAUAAAUGUAAGCCAUAUACUGGAAUAGGAUCCGGAACCAAGUCAUUGACUUACAUAAAUCCGUUUCAUGGAGUUCGUAGUUAAUUAGAUAAAGGCAUGACGGUACGCAUUCGUAAAUACUAUAGAAUAUACUACGAGACAAAACACUACGGUAUGAAAUAAUAGGGAGAUAGUGGGAGAGAGGAGGGAAAUGUUGCACGUGCCAAUUUAAGUGAAGAAGAUAUAUAUUUGAUAGUCCACGCACUCAAGCGAAGGAGAGAGAGAGAGAAAAAGUUUUGUACUGUGCUAAGUUAGAACGGAUGAUGAGAUUGUGUGCGUCACAUGACUGUAUUUAAACAGGGGUUUCAUAAUUUGAGUUGUGUUUCGUAUGUUUGCAUUUGUAAAUCAAUUAAUACAAUUAAAUGCAAAUAUUAGAUGUGAUGUAAAUGUUUGUGUGAGGACCCUGUGUCUUUGUAUGUAAAUAAUAUAAAAAGGUAAGGGUGAGUAGAAUGUAAGGAAUUUGAGCUUGUAAGUCACCUGACCUGGACAAACGAUUUUCAUUGGAUACUUUUAUAUUUACUUCUUCAUGACUAGUAGCUCAUUUUCACACACUUCUUUCCUUUAUUUCAUUAAAACAAGACGUCUUUUGGAUGAUAAGAAAUUAUUGUGUAAGAUCAUGAGAUAGCAGUCAUAGGUAAGUUUUAAUCAUUUUAUCAUUAAAUAUAUAUCAUUAUUUUUUUCAAAUAUUGCUCGUAGCAAGCAGCAUUGCUGUUUAAAAUAAUAUCUAAUAGGGUAGUGUCUAUUUUUCCUUGUUCGGACAUAUUCGGACAUUGUCCCGACAACUUAGAUUAUAAAGUGUUAUUAUCUCCUGCUAUUCUACAGUGGCUGUAUCAAGUAUUUAUUUGUGACUACAGCCGGAAUCAUAUAGUAACUACACGGUGUUGUAAUUGCACGGUGUCUGUCAUUGUUCUUGGAGCCCCUGCACUAUUAUGUAGGGCGAGUGUGUAUUCGGGUUAGUUGAUCUAAUUUUUGAUGUAUUUAAUAACAGUACAGAAGCGCACUUUCCUAUUUUGUAUAUAUUCUAUAGAAAGUAUGUGUCGCCGUAACGCUCCAUUACGUCGGAAUUAAAUUAUAAAUUAUUUCAUUGCCAUAAUAAAUAGUUAAAUUAUGUCUAGUUGUCUAAUUUUUAUAAUCUAAAAUAAUAUAUAUGACUAGAAUCAUUGGAUAAGGCUUAUCUGUCGGAUUGGCCACUUUUAUUGCUUUUAAUGCUAAAAUAUUGUCAUGUUUGAGUUGUCUCCCUUGAAUGUCCAUGCUAUCGUUAAAGGUGAUAUUAGUAAGUGAAUAUUGUAUCCAUUUGUUGUAGGGGUCUUUUUAACAAGAAUAAACAUUGAUUGAAACAAAAA